CUAAGCAGAGCUGAACCAAACUGAGCCGGGUCGGACCUUGCCGAGCCGAGGAUGCUGCGGUACCUGCUGAAGACGCUGCUGCAGAUGAACCUGUUUGCGGACUCGCUGGGAAUCGAGGGCUCCAACUCCUCGGAGCUCCUGCUCGGCAUCAACCGCACCAUCGCCGAGCUGCACCUCCCCGGGCUCGACCCCGACAACGGGUCGCACCCGCAGCUGGAGGACGCGGCUCCCCGCAUCGUGGAGCACCCCACGGACGUGCUGGUGUCACGGGGGGACCCGGCCACGCUGAGCUGCAAGGCCGAGGGCCGCCCGCCGCCCGCCGUGGAGUGGUACAAGGACGGGGAGCGAGUGGAGACGGACCGGGAGGAGCCGCGCUCCCAUCGCUCGCUGCUGCCCGGGGGGUCCCUGUUCUUCCUGCGGGUCCUGCACGGCCGGCGAGGGAGGCACGAUGAGGGCGUCUACGUGUGCGUGGCCAGGAACCACCUGGGGCAGGCGACCAGCAGGAACGCCUCGCUGCAUGUGGCCGUGUUGAGGGAUGAGUUCCGGCAGCCCCCUGGGGAUGUGGUGGUGGCAGCGGGAGAACCGGCCGUGCUGGAGUGUGUCCCACCCCGUGGGCACCCCGAGCCCAGCGUCUCCUGGAAGAAAAACGGAGCCCGGCUGAGUGCCACGGAUGAGCGCCUGACGCUCCGCGGUGGGAAGCUGAUGUUGGCCAACACCCGCAAGAGCGACGCCGGCGUCUACAUCUGCGUGGCCACCAAUGUGGUGGGGGAGAAGGACAGCGAGCCGGCCGAGCUGGUGGUCCUUGAGCGCCCGGGGUUCGGCCGGAGACCCCUGAACCAGGCGGUGCUGGUGGAGGGGACGGUGGAGUUCCCCUGCGAGGCAGUGGGGGAUCCGCAGCCCUCUGCACGGUGGCACAAGGAGGAGGGCGAGAUGCCACCAGGGAGGUGGGAAGUGCUUCCCGACAACACCCUGCGGAUCGUGCGGCUGCGCCCGGAGGAUGAGGGCACCUACACCUGCGUGGCUGACAACAGUGUGGGGCGCUCCGAGGCCUCGGGCACCCUCAUGGUGCAUGUGCCCCCUCAGCUUGUCACCGGGCCCAGUGACCAGAUAGUCCCCCUUGGCCACAGCGUCACCUUCCAGUGCCAGAGCCGGGGCAACCCCCCGCCCGCUGUGUUCUGGCAGAAGGAGGGCAGCCAGACCCUGCUGUUCCCUGGACAGUCCCCGCAUCCCAGCGGCCGCUUUGCUGUGAGUCCUGGUGGUUCCAUGACCAUCUCAGACAUACAGCGUUCCGACUCCGGGAAUUACCUGUGCCAGGCCAUCAGCGUGGCUGGCAGCAUCCUGGCCAAGGCACGCUUGGAAGUGGAAGAAGCACCGGUGAUCCAGUGGGGUCCCACAAACCACACAGUGCUGCCAGCGGGAGCCACAGCACGGUUGCCAUGCCCAGUGUGGGGUGGUGACGACCCUGUGGCCAACGUGGGGUGGCUGAAGGAUGGGAAUGUCCUGUUGGGUGCUGAGCCCCGUGCCAGCCUGCAGGAGAACGGCUCCCUGCGGAUCACCGGCCUCCGGGUGAUGGACUCGGGGCACUACGAGUGCGUGGCCACCAGCCCGGCGGGUGACGCACACUGGGGCAUUACGCUGGAGGUGCACGGUGCCAGGCCCGACCUGACCCCAACUUCCUCUGUGCCUGGGGUCCUCCCUGGGCCACCCUCCACCCCUGUGGUCACCAACGUCACCAAGAGCAGCGUCACCCUCAGCUGGAGAGGGAAUGAGGACAGCGCUGCCACUGGUGUCACCUCCUACAUAGUGGAGGCUUUCAGCCAGGAGGAGGGUGGCCCGUGGCGCACGGUGGCAGCUGAGGUGGCGGGUGAGACCCACACCGUGAGUGGCCUCGUCCCCAACACCAUCUACAUCUUCCUGGUGCGGGCGGUCAAUGCUCAUGGGAUCAGUGACCCCAGCGGCGCCUCGGAGCCAGUGUGCACCCAAGACGCCAGCACCCCGCAGCCCGGGCCGGACCCCGAGAAGGUGCAGCAGGACCUGGCACGAGUGGUUGUGCACCUCCAGGAGCCAGAGGUGCUUCCCCCGGGCGCCGUCCGCCUCUCCUGGACUGUGCAGCACCAGACACCCUUCCUGCAGGGGUACCGGGUGCUGCUGCGGCGCCGUGGUGGGCGCUGGGAGGAUGCACGGGUGCUGCUGGCACCGGGGGACCGCGGGGUGCUGCUCACUGACCUGCGCCGUGGGCAGCACUACGAGGUCAAGGUCCAGCCCUUCUUCCACCACCUCCAUGGGCCGGACAGUGCAGUGCGAGCCCUGAGCACCCCUGAGGCAGCACCCAGUGCCCCGCCACAAGGUGUCACUGUGACGGGUAAUGGCACCAGCGUCCGCAUCUCAUGGCAGCCACCACCGCUGGCAGAGCAGAACGGGGUCAUCCGGGACUACAGGAUCUGGUGCUUGGCCAACGAGAGCCGCUUCCACAUCAACCAGAGCGUGGAGGGCUCAGUGCUGGUGGCCAUGCUGCAGGGCCUGGUCCCCGGUGUCCUGUACCACGCUGAGGUCGCUGCCACCACCAGUGCUGGGGUGGGCGCCCGCAGUGUCCCCAUCCCCAUCCGUGUCGGUGAGUUCCUCAUUGCACCCAUGGGUUCUGGGUGGCUGCGGUCCCUCCUCAGAGCUCCCACCACUGUGUCCCAUGUUUCUGCAGCACUCCCGGUGCAGCGGGACAAGGGAAUGGCAGGCGGGAGCAGCAUGGCCGGGCGCUUGGCCGCGGUGGCCCGUCAGCCGGUGUUCAUCGCUGGUGUUGGUGGCACGUGUUGGCUCAUCCUGGCUGCCGUCACCGCGUGGCUCUACAGCCGCCGCCGGAGGAAGAAGGAGCUCAGCCACUUCACGGCAUCCUUUGCCUACGCACCCAAUGGGAAGCCCAUGGGGACCCGGCGUGGUCCUCAGCCAUCCUCAUCCCAACCUCUUCCCGCAGUCACCUUCCAGGCUCCAGCACACAGGGCAGCCACAGGUGGUGGUUAUCCAUGGCUGGCAGACACAUGGAGUGGUGGCAGCAACAGUUGCUUGAGGACCAAUGAGAGAUACUAUAAUGAUGCUGGUAUCACCCGUUACAUCACCCAGACAGAGCAAUUUGGGAUUGGGCCCACCGAGGGGCCAGUCUACAGCACCAUUGAGGCCAGCGAUGAGGAGCUCCACACUUUCCCUCGUCCCUUCUCCCACCAUGGGACCUCCUACCCCCAACCGAUGGAUGUCCCAGCCCCGCAGGCUCCCCGCAGUAGGGUGGUGGGAUGGGUGGGGGGACACAUGGGUGCUGGUGGCACUGCCCCCUCCCCACAGCCCCCCCCAGCAUCCUUCCUCACUACAGGGACCAAAGGGAAGAAGCUGGGGCAAGCAGUGAAGCCACCGGCCAUAAGCUGGGCAGAGCUGCUGCCACCACUCCCCUCGGCCAGUGAGCUCAGCCACUGCGCCCAGGAGGAGGAGGAUGAGGAUGAAGAAGCAUCUGGAAGGCUGCGGAUGGAGGGGUGGUACGGUGCUGAGGAUGUCACCUGUGCCACCGCCGCAUCCUCACCCACCGCGUCCUCCGGCUGCCGGUCCACUGCCACCCUGACACCAUCGCCCCGGGCCACUGAGGACAUCCCCCGCCUCCGAGACAUCGACAGCCCCCGGAGACCCCCCCAUGGCACCAUGACCCCACCACCAGCACCCAGCCCCCUGCCGAGUCCAGACAUGGGUGAUGUCCCCCUACCCCGUGCCCGCUGCCCCCCCAGCACUGGGAGAACCCGCAGGGACACCCCAAAACGUCACCUGAAGCCCAAAUGCAGCCGCUACCGCCGGGAAAAGCCGCAGGGAGACCUGCCGCCACCACCAGUGCCACCACCAGGUGAGACCCCCAGGCCUUCAGUAGAGAGGGAGCUGAGCGGGGCUGAGCGCAAGGUCACCCAUCGUGGUAAGCCAGAGCCACCAACCAUGUCCCCAAGAGGUUAUGGGAUGCCACCACCAAACCCUAACCUUGUUCCCUCCCUUGCAGAUGAGGUUGUCCCCUACAGCAAACCCUCCUGCUCCACCACGGGCAGUGUCUCAUCCCGUGGCUCCACCAGCUCCCGUGGCCAUGGCUCGGGGCGCAGCAGGACACCAGGGGACCGCGGGGAAGGGAUCGGCCACCGCCACCGGCCAGGUCCCCCCUUUCCCUGCCCAGCACAGGAGAAGAGAUGAA